CGUUCCCUGGCCAAUCAGAAGCUUCCACGGUGGAUGCAAAGGUGGGGGCUAGGGUUGAGGAGGAUAGCUCAAGAAAUGAGGGCGGGAGAGCCCUGUAAAAGUCCCCCCCCCCCCGGUUCCUUUUUUUUUUUUGGCGAUUGCGCAUGCGCGUCCGUCAUUUUAGAAACAUUUCGAAUCAUUACGAAUUUUCGGAAAUAUCCGAAAUUUUGGGGUGAAAAAAAUCGGAAAUACUUUCUAUAUCGAAGCGCCAGCACCCCGUACUUUAGAAACGAGAAUUGAAACAUUUUUUUCAUCGAUCGGACAUGCCUACCGUUUACAUUGGAUAACGAGACUCUACUGUAGUCAAAAAAACCAAGACUGGUUCAGGAAAUGGUCAGUCCUGAUUGACAAAAUAGGACAUCUAGUACACAAUGCCAAGUUAUUCACUUUGUUUGUGUUCGUAAAUACAUGAUAACUGUACCCUCGAUUUGCUUCCGACGCGAUCCAUAAAUAAACAUUGGUCAGCAGCCAUGCAUGUUGACAUUUUUCGGCUGUGAAAAGAUGGAAAAUGGACACCCGGAAAACCUCUUUUUCACCAGAAUAUUGUUCUCCGUUUCCCAAGGCUCUCUCCAGGAUCCUGUUCAAAGACACGCCAUCCAAACCUUGCCCAACAGAGCAACGGAACCUGUUUUGAUCGGAUCUCGAAGUUUCCGUGGGUCUCAAUCAAGUGUCUCUUAAAAGUUAGGAAGAGGAAGCGAGGAAUGCGACGGGGUCUACCUGGCGGGGAAGCCCCAAACUGGAAUGGUCAUCUUAAUAAGGAAUUUGGAGACGUUUUUAUGACAUUCCCCAUUGCGGGGAUGAGGAGAAAGAAGCCGGCCAUGGACAUAAAAGGCAGAGGAGAGCUAGAAAUCCCAUCCAAGUUGUUCUAUCUCUGGAAGGAACCACAAUGGAGGUCCUUCGCAUCCUGGUCCUCGUCUUCGCUGGCUUCGUGGGGUCCUUUGCUCAGCAAGAUCUCCAGAGGACGUCCUUCGUGUUCCCCGUGGAGUCGGACUCGGCCGCCGUGGUGGUGAAGGCUGUGAUCCCGCACCCGCUGACCAGCUUCACCGUCUGCCUGCGCUACUACACCCUCCUGACCCGGCCGGUCACUUUCUUCUCGUACGCCACAAAGCACACCGACAACGACAUCAUCCUCUUCAAGGAGAAGCCCAACGAGUACCGGGUUUACGUCGGCAACGCCUACGUGACGUUCACCAUUCCCGACAGGCCGGCCAACAUACCCGCAUGGGAGCACCUCUGCGCCAGCUGGGAGUCGGCCACGGGGUUGGUGACCCUCUGGGUGGACGGGAAGCCGCUGCCCCGGCUGGGCCUCCAGAAGGGCUACUCCAUCAGCAACGACGCCUCCAUCGUCCUGGGCCAGGACCAGGACUCCACCUUGGGCGGCUACGAGGCCAACGAGUCCUUCGUCGGGGAGCUGAUGGACGUCAACAUGUGGGCCCGGGUCCUCACGCCGGACGAGGUCUGCCUGGCCUUCAGCGGCUGCAACCUGUCCGACUAUCUCAUCAACUGGAGAGCCUUCCGCUACGAUAUCCAGGGAUACGUAGUACUUCAGCCUUACCUUGGCCAGUGCCCACGCUGAGGAACGUGGUGACCGUUCCACACGUGCAUCUUGAGCACCAAUAAAAAAAAAUCGCACCCGACCCAUGCUCUCUCUCAAUGAUUUCUGAAAAAUAUUGUAAACUAGCUUUCCCAAAAUGUUGAUUUUUCAAUUGUGGGUGAACUAUAACUCCCAUCAUGCCAGGUUGACCCCGAAAAACUCCAUCCAUACUUUAAAAAGUUUGUGAUGUUGGGCACAUUUGUUCUGGAUGCAUCAUGGGUGGGGUUCAUUGUCCUCUCUGGCUCUAGGGUGAACUACAACUCCCACUCUGGUGAGUCACUCCCUUCAAGGUUGAGUGAGUCAUGCCAGGUUAACCUUGAGUUUGUGAUGUUGGGCAAGUUUGCUUUGGAUGCAUCAUGGGUGGAGUUGAGUGUGCUCUCUGGCUGUAGGGUGAACUACAACUCCCACUAUGGUGAGUCAGUCCCCUCAAGCCCCUCCAGUAGGUUGAGUUAGUCAUGAGGGUUCUCUGUGCCAAGUUUGUUACAGGCCGAUCAUUGGUGGAGGGUCACGAUUUCCCUGGUUGUGGGUGAACUACAACUCCCAGAAAGGAAUGUCCGUUCCCGUCAAACCCCUCCAGAAAUCAAAUUUCAGCGUAUCAGGUCUGUGUGCCAAGUUUGGUCCAGGUCCAACAUCGGUGGAAGUCAGUUUCCCUGGUUGUGGGAGAACUACAACUCCCAGAAAGGAAGACCCGUUCCCUAACCCUAACCCAAACCCCUCCAGUUAUCCAAUUUCCGCAUAUCAGGUCUGGGUGCCCAGUUUAGCCCAGAUCCAUCAGCGUUUGGGUUUACAGUGCUCUCUGGAUGUAGGUGAUUUACAAUUCCACAAAUAAAGGUGAAUUUCUCUCAAAGA